AUUUAUUUUAGCCCUACUAACCUGUUUGGAAAGAAGAAAUCCUUCUUCUUCUUCUCGUUCCUUCCUGAGCGCCGUCUCCCCCCUUCACCCCUCUACGUUUUCAUCUUCUCAGGCGCCAACUUCCCGUCGCCCAUCUCCAUCCAAGCGUCGAUCCUCACCCGCACGUCAGUCGCGCCCUCUCCUCUAUCACGCACGCUGUCCGCCGCCGCCAGUAUCAUUCGUGCCGCGGUCCUCCUGAGUUUCUCUUUACCGUCUGUGGGUCUCGGGCUGCCGUGAGUUGUCGCUGGAAUCUCAGUAUUUGCGUCUUUUUGGUGGAGUAUAUACCAUGGCUGCAGAAACAGGAUUGUUUUCUGUUCAACAGACCAUUGGCACUGUCUUAUGUUGCAAAUGUGGAAUUCCCAUGGCACCAAAUGCUGCCAAUAUGUGUGUCAAGUGCUUGUGUUCUGAAGUUGACAUCACGGAAGGUUUACAGAAGCAAUUGACUAUCAUGCAUUGUCCGGAUUGCGAGAGUUACUUGCAGCCACCCCGAACUUGGAUUAAAGCACAAUUAGAAUCAAAGGAACUAUUGACAUUCUGUAUCAAAAGGUUAAGAAAUUUGAAUAAAGUUAAACUGGUGCAUGCUGAAUUUGUUUGGACUGAACCCCAUUCCAAAAGGAUCAAGGUCAAGUUGAAAGUUCAGAAAGAAGUCUUACAAGGAGCAAUUUUGGAACAGUCCUACGUUGCGGAGUAUGUUGUACAGGAUCACUUGUGUGAGUCUUGCUCAAGGAUCCAGGCUAAUCCUGAUCAAUGGGUGGCGUCUGUUCAACUUAGGCAACAUGUUCCUCACCGCCGUACCUUUUUCUUCUUGGAGCAAUUGAUAUUGAAGCAUGGUGCUGCUGCCAGUGCCAUAAGGAUCAAGCAGAUGGAUCAAGGUAUUGAUUUUUUCUUUUCUAAUAGGAGUCAUGGUGUAAAGUUUGUGGAAUUUGUUGGAAAGGUUGCUCCAAUCAGGAGCCGUCAUGAUAAACAACUUGUUUCACAUGAUCCUAAGAGUAACAUUCACAACCAUAAGCACACUUUCUCUGUUGAAAUAUCCCCAAUAUGCCGUGAGGAUUUGAUAUGCUUGCCUCCUAAAGUUGCUGUUAGUUUAGGCAAUCUUGGUCCUCUUGUAAUUUGCACCAAAGUUACAAAUGCUAUUGCUUUACUUGAUCCAUUCACAUUAAGGCACUGCUUCUUGGAUGCUGAUCAGUAUUGGAGAACAUCCUUUAGGUCUCUACUUACUAGCAGGCAACUUGUGGAAUAUGUUGUAUUGGACAUAGAAAAUGUUUCUACUGAAGUCAAUGUUGCUGGUUCCAAGUAUAUGUUGGCCUAUGCCCAAGUAGCUCGUGUAUCAGAUUUUGGAAGGAAUGACACGAUGUUCUCCAUAAAAACCCAUCUAGGUCACAUCUUGAACCCUGGGGAUUAUGCUCUUGGUUAUGAUCUUUAUGGAGCCAAUAGUAAUGAUAUGGAGCUAGAAAAAUACAAGGGUCUUGAGCUUCCAGAAGCGAUCUUAAUCAAGAAGAGUUAUGAAGAAAAACGUCAGAGAAAGCAUGGAAAGCCUCGAUCAUGGAAGCUCAAAUCUCUUUCUAUGGAUGUUGAUGAUAAAACUAAAGUAGAUGAAAAUAAGAUGAACUCCGAGUACGAACAAUUUUUGAGAGAUUUGGAGGAGAAUCCAGAUUUGAGGUUCAACAUAUCAUUGUACCGAAAUAGAGAAUACCAACCAUCUGAAAUUACUGAUGGGGAAGAUGGACCUUCAGUACCACUUGAAGAGUUGCUUGCUGAUCUUGAUUUAAGUGAAGGGGAGGGAGAUGAUGCCAUGAACGAGUAAGUAGUGCCAUGCAGUGCUCGAUUUUCUUCGUUAGAAAUGUGGGGUUGGAUGGAAAGUCUGUAAUUUAAUUGUUCGAAUUAUGCUUAUUUUGGCCCACGCAACAAGGAGUUGAAAAGGUGUGCUAUUGCUUGUAUUUUCAUACCUAUAGCAUCUCUGGUCUUUUCUAGUUUGUUUACAAGAAGUUACAAAUUUAUUAUCAACAAAUUUUUGUUUUCUUAUCUAGAAGGUGAUUUUUGAGCGAUUA